AUUUUUCAUUGGCUCAGCCUCAGCCUCGCGUCCUAAGCUUGGGACUAUAUAAAGCCAUCCCACAGAGGAUCGUUCGUAAUUUGCAUACAAGCCUCUUCAAGGUAGAUUUGAAGAUUGUACCAGGCGUGUUUUAGUUACAGUCAUCCAGAUUUAGCAGACAAAAAACCAUGGCAAAGGCUCUUUAUUUUAUUUGCGCUCUUGCUGUCUUUGUAGCAAUCUUGGGCGUUGAAGGUGUUACAGAAGCAAUUUCUUCAGAGGAUCACAUAAAAGAUCUUGUUAACGGUAUAGGCGGAGAGUGUGGAGCCACGACAUGUCACACUAAGAUUCAGGACCUAAGAAAGUUGGACAGUAAAAGCUUGAUUUGUCUUUCAUUUAUAGUUGUGAAGGACUGUUUUGAUGGUUGCAUUUCUGCAGAGAAGUCACAAUACAUGUCAAAGAUUGAUGAUGCUCAAGAAAUCUGUGAUGGCUGCAGUACCAUCAAGAUUUCUGGAAUGAUUCUGCUUCUCGCUUUGCUUUUGAACUAUAUUUUCUAAAUUACUGGUUGAUUAGUAUUUUCUUAUUAUUUGUACUUUCUUAUUAAAUAAAUUAGAAAUUAACUUUUUUAUUUGCAGACAAAAGUUUUAAUUUUUAAUUUGAUGUCCUUCUAUUUUCAAUUUGAUAAAAAUGAAAAUAUUUUAAAAAAUUUAAAAGCCCAAUUAUUUAAAUGUUUUAUUAUAUUUUUUGCUGAAAAUACUAAAGAUCAAAAGUAAUUUUUUUUAUUUUUAAAACUAUUUUAAAAUAACAAUGUCCUCAAAAAAGAAAAAAAAUCUUACAUCACGUUGAGAGGACAAAAUAUAAUUUUACUUUCUGUUUUCUUUCACCAUUAUUUGAUCUUUUUUUAAAUCAAUUUUAUUUUUACUAGUAAAAUACUUGAAUUAAAAUCUGCUAAUUUAAUUUUAGUGCUAUUUAUUUGCUGUUUGUCGAAUUUUGAGAAGGACUAUAAUUGUAAUUACCCAGUGUGUGAAUUGAGACGCAGUCAAGUAAUUGUUUCCUAGUCCAAUAACUAAAAAAAAAAUAUGAGAAAUUUAACAAUAUGCAAAAAUUAAAAUUUAGAAUAAAAAUUAUUUUAUUUA